AUCUGUCAAGCUGUGCAAGAUCUACCUCCAGCCAACCGAGAUACCUUGGCCUUCCUCAUCCUCCACCUGUACAGGGUGAUGCGCAGCCCAGAGUGUCAGAUGGAUAAGAUGAACUUGUCUCGAGUCCUUGGCCCGACCAUUGUUGGACACUCUGUGCCGGAUCCCAGCCCUCUCAUGAUCAUGCAAGAUACCCCAAGACAGGCCAAGGUGAUGUCUCUUCUGCUCUCCCUGCCAUCUGGAUUCUGGAAUCAGUUUCUUUCCAACAACCAGGAGAAUCAGAACUGCGACUCGCUGAGCUUGGCACAAGAGCGUCUGUUCCGUCCGCUGACAUCUCCUGAGAUUAACUCUGCUCCGGCUGCUCCUCUGAAACCCAAAGUUCCCUCCCCA